UCUGCUGCCCUCGCUCCUCACAGCUCUCUCUCAAUCGCUCCCUGAGCUAGAGCUGUCCCUGCCAAAGGCAAAUAAUACCAGAUGAACACGGCAGCCUCUCGAUCUCGACAACUCGGGGCGGAAUAAUUCUGGUGUUCUUCUCAUCACCGAUCGUUUCUGUACAUGUAACAAGUUGAGGAUCGUGGCGCCUGCAUGCAUUUGGUGGACGCCACGUCAAGAAUAACCGAGGUUACAGGUGUCUCCCCCUGCAUGCAGCAGGGGGCAUCUGCAGCUUGCGGAACUCGGAUGGUUUGAGUUUGAACGAGUUGCAGCAUGUCCCCCAUGGAGUCCCGUCCUGAUGAUCUUGUUCCUCCCGCGAUGCACAAGCCGGCGAUCCAAUGCGCCGCCGCCGAGGACGCGAGCCUGCUGCGAAGCCCGACGGUGUCGUCGGAGGAGUUCAUGCAGUUCAAGAGGAAAGCCACGACGAUCUUGGAGGAGUACUUCUCCACGGACGACGUCGCGGCGACGGCGAACGAGCUGAGGGAGCUGCGCGUGCCGUGCUACCACUACUACUUCGUCAAGAAGCUGGUCUCGGUGGCCAUGGACCGCCACGACAGGGAGAAGGAGAUGGCGGCCGUGCUGCUGUCCUCGCUGUACGGCGACGUCAUCGACCGGCCGCAGGUGUACAAGGGGUUCGGCAAGCUCGCCGAGUCCUGCGACGACCUGUCCGUCGACACGCCCGACGCCGUCGACAUCCUCGCCGUGUUCGUCGCCCGCGCCAUCAUCGACGACAUACUCCCGCCGGCGUUCCUGGCCAAGCAGCUGACGUGCCUGCCGGAGGGAUGCAAGGGCGCCGAGGUUCUUCACAGGGCGGAGAAAAGCUACCUGUCCGUGCCGCACCACGGCGAGAUCAUCCUGCAGAGGUGGGGCGGGAGCAAGAGCAUCACGGUGGAGGAGGCCAAGGCCAAGAUCGCUGACAUCCUCGAGGAGUACCUCGCCGCCGGCGACAUCGGAGAGGCUUGCCGGUGCAUCAGGGGCCUCAAGAUCUCUUUCUUCCACCACGACAUCGUCAAGCGCGCCCUCACCCUCGCCAUGGAGCGCGGCGGCGGCGCCGAGGGGCACAUCCUGGAUCUCCUCAAGUCGGCGUCCGACGAAGGCAUCAUCAACGAGAGCCAGAUCACCAAAGGGUUCAACCGCCUCAUCGAUUCCGUCGACGAUCUGACGCUCGACGUGCCAAACGCGAGGCGCCUCCUGAAAUCGAUGAUCCUGAAGGCCUCGUCGGAGGGAUGGCUCUGCGCGUCGUCGCUGAAGCCGCUGGGCCCCGAGCCGAAGAAGGCCGUCGUCGAGGACGACGCUGCGGUGCGGCAGUUCAAGGCGAAGACAUUGUCGAUCAUAAAGGAGUACUUCUUGACAGGGGACAUCAUCGAGGUGAUGAGCAGCCUGGAGGCCGAGAACUACGCGUGUUCCUCCUCCUACAACGCCAUCUUCGUCAAGAAGCUGAUCACCUCCGCGAUGGACCGGAAGAGCCGCGAGAAGGAGAUGGCGUCCGUGCUGCUGUCCUCGCUCGGAAUGCCGCCGGAGGACGUCGUGUCGGGGUUCCACCUCCUGAUCGAGUCCGCCGAGGACGCCGCGCUGGACAACCCCGCCAUCGUCGAGGACCUGACCAUGUUCUUCGCCAGGUCAGUGGUCGACGAGGUGAUCGCGCCAUCGAACCUAGAGAAAAUGGAGGAGGAGGCCGGCCGCGGCAAGCCAGGGGGAUCCUCCACCGGCUUAUUGGCGCUCCGGAACGCCCGUGCCCUGCUCGGCGCGAAGCUCUCUGCGGAGCGGAUACUGCGUUGCUGGGGCGGCGGCGCCACCGGCAAGGCCGGGUGGGAGCUGGACGACGUGAAGGACAAGAUCGGCAGGCUGCUGCAGGAGUACGACUGCGGCGGCGACAUCCGGGAGGCGUGCCAGUGCAUCAAGGAGCUCGGGAUGCCAUUCUUCCACCACGAGGUGGUGAAGAAGGCGCUGGUGGCGAUCAUGGAGAAGCGUGGCAAGGACGAGCGGCUGUGGGGCCUCCUCGCCGAGUGCUACGGCCGCGGCCUCAUCACGCCGAACCAGAUGACCAAGGGCUUCGAGCGGGUGGCCGGCUGCGUCGACGACCUCGCGCUCGACGUGCCGGACGCCGGCAAGCAGUUAUGCUGCUACGUCGAGCGCGCCAAGAAGGGUGGAUGGCUGGACGCGUCCUUCCCCAACGGUGUGCGCUCGUGAAGAACACCCGGUUAAUUUAUAUACAUGCAGAUGCAGCACUGGCAUUCCAGGGGAUUUCAUUUGCAACUUUACACAGCUAUAUACUACUUUGCAUUCCGUUCCAUGUAUGUAUCAGCAAAGGGAAUAUGACUAGCACAAGAAAGAAAAUUGUUGUCAUAGGAUUAGGAAGCUUUGAUCUUCCAUUUUAGCAGUUGCGCGGCGUUUAGCCCGGAGGAUUUGUGCAUUGAAGAGUUUGUGUUGUUUUUAAUAUGAUGUGAGAGUUUCUGUUGUUUUUGUUUUGUGAAUUGGCUGCUGAGAGAAUUACCAUGCUACACCUUGUUAUCUUAUCACAUCCUAUAUAUCUAUAAAGUUUAUCUCCACUAAA